AUAGAAAUAUUUUAAAAAGUUUUCUUUAAUACAAAACAUGCGAGUUUCUCUAAAUGAAAUUGAAUUUGCAAAAUUUUUAAUAGAAAUGGGUGAUGGGAAAUUGAAUGAUUCUAAUGACAAUAUACAAAUUCCUGAAUGUUGCAUAGCUCCAUCUGAUGCAGAUAUUGUUACAGAUAUAUAUGGUGAUUUAAUACAAAAAAGAGAUUUUAAUAAGAUAGCUAAAUGUGCAAUACUUUCAGCGAGAAAUAUUGAUGUAGACGAAAUUAAUAAACGAGUUGUUGAAUUACUAAAUGUAACAGAAGAACAAAUUUAUACAAGUGUAGAUAGUGCUGUAAACUGCGGUGAUAAUGGUGAUAUUGGUGAAUCUUUAUUACCAGAAUAUUUAAAUAGUUUGUCUCCACCCAGCUAGCAAAAUGACGCAAACUUUGCGCGAAGUUUGCCGCA